AUGAUCCUGAACGCCUCCGAUCUGGGCUGGGAAGAGUCCUCAGGUGCUGCCCCGCUCAUUCCUCUGGACCUACCUGAUCACACACCCCCAUAUGAAGCCCCACCCCUCAGUGUGUGGGGUGUGGCCCUGUGUGUUUCAGGGACUCUCAUUGCAGCUGAGAAUGCUAUAGUCGUUACCACCAUCUUGGCCACGCCAUCUUUACGCGCCCCAGUUUUCCUGCUGCUCGCCAGUCUUGGACUAGCAGACCUCUUGGCAGGUGUAGCUUUAAUCCUACACUUCCUGUUCCUGUUUUGUGUGGAGCCCAGUGAUUGGUCCGAAUUACUGACCUCAGGACUGCUGGUGACAUCACUGACUGCCUCCCUCUGUAGCCUGAUGGGUGUCGCUCUGGAUCGAUACCUGUCUCUAAGCCACGCCCUCACCUAUGGCUCUGGCCAAUCUCGUCGCCGUGCCGCCAUCCUCCUGCUGUUAGUCUGGGUGGGGGCGUGUGUUAUAGGCGCAGGCCCUGCAAUGGGAUGGCACUGCCUAAGAGAGCCAGAUUCCUGUUCUGUAGCACGACCUUUGACCAGGACUUACCUAUCGCUGUUGUGUGGUGGUUUCCUUGUGGUCGUCAUGGUAACUUUACAACUCUACGCUGGGAUCUGUCGUGUGGCCAGACGGCAUGCCCACGCCAUCGCCACCCAGAGGCACUUCCUCCCUGCCAAUCAAUCAUAUGCAAGCAAAAACAGCAGUGGGAGGGGGUUCUCUCGGUUGAUCCUUGUUCUCAGUGUGUUUGUGGGCUGCUGGAUGCCCUUUUCCCUGUGGGGGUUGCUAGGUGACGCAUCCAGCCCUCCUCUGUACACCUACGCUACCUUGGUGCCAGCAGCAGGGAGCUCCCUGCUGAACCCGCUGCUCUACAGUCUGAGAAACAAAGACAUUCGCAAGGUGCUGCUCCAGGCGUGCUGCCCUCACAGAUACACACACAACACACACAUACACUACCCUGUGGAUGUGUAGACUGCCAGCCCAUCGCCCACAAACCACACCAGACAUAUCACUGUUUGUAUGCCAAGAUACACACAUAGCUACAUAGACUGCCAGAACAUGAAGUCAGUUUGGACAAAAACAGACAGAGACACGCACACACCCACACACAACGCA